AGCCGUUUUCGUGUCAAGCAUGCACCGUGCUCGUGCUCCCUCUCUCUUCCAGGGGCCUGUGGGAACUUGGGCUCUGUACCGCCGAGAUCUCAUCGCUCGGCACGCCGAGUGGCACGCGUCGCGACAUGCGGCGGGGGCCCCGGACGCCGAUGCGGUGCGCCGGCUGUUCCCGCCGCCCGCCGCCUCCGACACCCUCCCGGCAUCGGCGGUGUGGCUGCCGGCUGCAGCGGGGGAGGCGGCGGAUGCGGUCUUUGUCAACGCAGGCGGGAUCUAUGGUGGCGACGACGCUCUUUGGUUUUCUACCCUCUGGUCUGUGGCACCGCCUCUGUGAGGAGCGCGCGGGCAACACAUCUUUUCUGCUGCUGGACACGGGGCACCGGCUCGACGUGGCGCGCGCAGUCCUACGGGGCGCGCUGCGGUGGCUACUCCAGGCCCACCCCACAUCGAGGGGUCGCAUCGUGCUGACAGGCUUCUCGAUGGGAUCCGCCGCGAUUGCGGACGUUUUGAUUGAUUUUUCGGACGCGAUAUGUGGAAUGAUCAUCGUGGCAGGUCAGGCAUCGGGAGUCGAGGGUCUUGCACAUGUAGGUCAACGGCCCGUGCUCCUGGUUCAUGGUGACAAGGACCCCAUGGUGAACGUAGCUUGUGCCGAACAGUCGGCCAAGGUGUGUCGCGCGGCUGGUGCACAAGUCGUUCUUGCGAUCUUCAGGCAGGUGACGCUGCUUGAAAUGGAAGGGGAUCCGUUUGCAAAGAUGCAACGCCACCAUUUGUGGGACGAGAGGUGGGAUGUGCGGAAUGUCGUUGUUGAGUGGUUGGGCCGUUUGUGCCCAGUUGCAGCGAGAAGAACGUGGCCAGAGGAUGUUCAAUCCAUGUUCUCGUUUUCGGGGGCGCGGGCUUUUUCGGCAGGUGAGGGCCUGGACCCGAGGCCGGUGCUCGCAGCUCCGCGGCUUCCCGACGAGGCGGUGAUGUCUCCAGAGCGGCCGGCUUCGCAGGCAUGUGCAGCGAACUUGCGGGCAGCGGCGGGUGCGGGCUCGCGGCCCGUGCUCGCGCUGCCACCCUCACACGACGACGCGGCAUCGCUCCUGGUGCAGGCGGCCUCGCAGGCGUGCAGCGCCUGGGUCGGCGAGGACGAGCGGGCUCUUGCCGAGCGGCGGUGAGAACACGGUGGUGCCGGAAAGAGGGAAUGCUCGGCGUCACCCCAGCAUCGUGAUAUUACCUGUGCGUCGCCCUCCCGGGGGCGACGCGCGCCCCGAGAAGCCUUGCAGUGUAUGCGUCGUGGCAGGCGCUUUCUGGCCAAACCGUUCGGGAAACGACAUACAUCGCCGAGCUCGUUCCACUACUCGCAGAGUGCCUGCUCGCAAGCGUCUG